ACCCUACAUCCAGCGGACUGCCUUUUGUUCUCCAGUUCCCCGGCGUGCGGCGGCGGGCUCUCGCUCCCGGCAUACGGUACUAUUCUCCCGUGCCCGUCGCCUGCGCUGUCUGUCUUUGUGGGGGCCGGCGACGUUUGGCGACCGCCCUACGCCAGGUGCCCAGAUCUCCAUCCUCGGCACCCUCGCCGGCGACGAGCAUCACCAGGUUCCCAUUGACCAUGGCGCAGCGCGCGAUGUGCCUGCUUCGGCGCUCCAUGGGGUUUAUGGCGCCCCCGGCACAAAGAGCCCUGAGUACCACUGCCACACCGGCGGCGGAGGGUGCGGCGGUGGCCGAGGCCACGGCGAAGGAGGUGAAGAGGAGGAAGAAGAAGAAUCUGUUUGACGUGGUGCAGUUCCUGCCAGAGUGGGGCAUCGGAUACAAGGUCGCUAAGACCACCUGGCGCGAUGUCUCUUACCAGAUCACCAAGAUCAACCUGUACAAGGAUGGUCGGCAUGGAAAGGCGUGGGGGGUUCGGUACAAGGCAGGUGUGCAAGCUGCAGACGCCCCAACUAGGAUCAGCGGGGUUAACAAGCGUGGGUGGAAGUACAUAAAAGAAUCACAGAAGAAACUACAAGAUGCCCCCAAAGUAGACGUAGCUGUUGCUGCCUAGUUGCAUGUUGUAAGAUGAUUCUUGGUUCCUUCAUGCCAUAGAUGUUUUGAUGGCUGUUGCCAAUGAACAGAUAUCCACUUUCGGAUCGACUCAAUGGUUCCAUCCUUUUUGUCGAUGAUGAUGACUGAACCUCCCUGCAAUAUGUCCAUUUUCUUUUCUUUAUGGAACCUUUCACCAUAAUGUACUAAUACAGAAGAACUGUGUUGAUGGUGGGAAUCUAGUUUUCAUUCUAAUGCAAGCUUUGUUUGAUUC